CGCACGAUCCACCAAUCAAAGAAAAGAAAGCAAGGAAAAGCGAGCAAGAAGGGAAAGAAAAUCAAAAACAAAGAAAAAAAAAAAAACCUUUUUUUUUCUCUCUGCUCCUUUCUCUGGUUUCUGCUUCUCUUUCUUCCUUUGAUCCAUGGUGUGGUAUGGUUUGAGGAAAAAAGAGAAAACCCAUUUGCCCCAUAUUGAUUGUAAUCUAUUCUUUAAUUAAAAUCUUUGGUUUCUUGGAGGGUAUUGAAAAAAAUACCCAUAUUGCUGUUUGCCAAAUCUCCAAUGCAGUCUUUGAGAAAAUCACAAAGACGAGAAAAUAGCAUCAGUAGGAAGACAACCCAGGAAAGAAAUAGUAGUGGUGGAUCUCAGAAAGAAAUAGAAAGAUUGGAUAACAACGGCCGUGGAUCUGAUGGUGGCUGGGGCAUUAUUGGGAUUGGAAGGAGUCAAGCAGCUGAUAAUUUGUUGUUGUGGAAGUGGUGCUGCUAGGGUAGUGGAGGUGUCGCUGCAUAGGAGAGGAAUAUGCAGCUUCACAUCUCGCCUAGCAUGAGAAGCAUCACGAUAUCGAGCAGCAGCAGCAAUGGGUUUAUUGACUUGAUGAAGAUCAAGGUCGCAGCUCGCCACAUCUCUUAUCGAACCCUUUUCCAUACCAUCCUCAUUCUCGCUUUCCUGUUGCCUUUUGUCUUCAUUCUCACCGCUCUUGUCACCCUUGAAGGUGUCAACAAGUGCUCUUCAUUUGAUUGUUUAGGUAGGCGACUGGGACCAAGGCUUCUGGGUAGAGUGGAUGAUUCAGGGCAGAGGCUGGUUAAAGACUUUUACAAGAUUCUCAAUCAAGUGAACAAAGAGGAAAUCCCAGAUGGUCUAAAGCUCCCAGAUUCUUAUAACCAACUUGUGUCUGAAAUAAAGAGCAACCAGUAUGAUGCAAAAACAUUUGCUUUCAUGCUGAGGGCUAUGUUGGAGAAAUUUGAAAAGGAAAUCAGGGAAUCUAAAUUUGCAGAGCUGAUGAAUAAACACUUUGCUGCAAGUUCCAUUCCGAAAGGCAUCCACUGUCUCUCGCUACGUUUGACUGACGAAUAUUCCUCCAAUGCUCUUGCACGCAAACAAUUGCCAUCUCCAGAGUUGCUUCCUUUGCUUUCUGACAAUUCUUACCAUCACUUUGUUCUAUCCACUGAUAACAUUUUAGCUGCUUCAGUUGUUGUCACUUCUACUGUACAGUCGUCUCUAAAACCUGAAAAGAUAGUCUUUCAUGUCAUUACUGACAAGAAAACUUAUGCGGGUAUGCAUUCAUGGUUUGCACUAAAUUCAGUCUCCCCUGCUAUUGUUGAAGUGAAAGGUGUUCACCAGUUUGACUGGUUAACGAGGGAGAAUGUUCCGGUGCUUGAAGCUGUAGAGAACUCUAACGGUAUCAGGAAUUACUACCAUGGGAAUCACAUUGCAGGGGCCAAUCUCAGUACUACAACUCCACGAAUGUUUGCUUCAAAAUUGCAGGCUAGAAGUCCGAAGUACAUAUCCUUGCUCAACCAUCUCCGCAUAUAUUUACCUGAGCUCUUUCCAAACCUUGACAAGGUGGUCUUCUUAGAUGAUGAUAUUGUCAUCCAGCGUGAUUUGUCUCCACUAUGGGAAAUUGAUCUUGAGGGAAAGGUUAAUGGAGCUGUUGAAACUUGUAAAGGAGAAGAUGAGUGGGUAAUGUCCAAGCAUUUCAAAAACUACUUCAACUUUUCUCAUCCCCUCAUUGCAAAGAAUUUGAACCCUGAUGAAUGUGCAUGGGCCUAUGGAAUGAAUAUAUUUGAUCUUCGUGCUUGGAGGAAAACAAAUAUAAGAGAAACCUACCAUUCCUGGCUGAAGCAGAACUUGAAGUCAAACCUGACUAUGUGGAAACUUGGUACCCUACCACCAGCUUUAAUUGCAUUUAAAGGUCAUGUCCACCCAAUUGACCCAUCUUGGCAUAUGCUUGGCUUGGGUUAUCAGAAUAAUACCGAUAUUGAGAAUGUGAAAAGGGCUGCUGUCAUUCACUAUAAUGGCCAGUCAAAACCGUGGCUGCAGAUUGGCUUUGAGCAUCUACGACCGUUUUGGACCAAGUAUGUCAAUUACUCCAAUGAUUUUUUAAGGAACUGCCACAUCUUGGAGUCAUAGUUGAUCAAUCAUAGGUCCAUAGUUGCUAGAAACUAGAGGUGGAACAGGAAAUGGCACAAGUGAUUUUUGGUCACAUCAGUUAUUUCAUGGCAUGGAAUUUUGUUGAGACCUAUUUGAGAAGGCAAGCAGAAUUUUGUCAAGGGCAGUGUUUCAGUUCUGAAUUCACUGUCAUCCUUCACCAUUGCAUGAAAAGGCCUGCACCAUUAGCACAGGCAUAAGACAGGCAUGAGAUUCAUUCUUUCAAUUUUGUAACAUAGCAAUCCGUCAUAAUUUUUUGGUUGGUAAAGGAUUUACUGCAGGAAGUCUAGCUUGAUUUCUUGGCUCAUAUAUUUUCGAAUAAAGUGAUAUACACAGUGCAUAUGUCAAUACAUCAUUGGUGCAAGGAAGAGGAAGCCUGGGAUGGAUCUUUUGUGAGGGCUGCUGCUUAGCCCGAAAAUGUUGUCUUCCCUCGUUUUUUUGGUUCACCUGUUGUUUCAUUUUUGUUAGCGUGUCCCAUUUUUUUGCUUACUCUGAUAUCAUGAUGGUGAAAUUUAGGAGUAGGUAAUGGAGAUUGCUUUGUUACAGGUCCCAUUGAAUGGGGGAACUAUUUUUAGGUUACAUCAGUAUUUGUUAUGUACGAUUCACGAGAUACAUCUAAAAUGUGCAGAUAAUUCUUUUUCCAAA